AUGAUCACUGAUACGAUUUUGGAUCUGGCCAUUCGGCAUUGGCCUUCAAUAUUGAUUGUUGCAAUUGCCAUCUAUCUCGCCACAAAUCGUUUCAAUCGUGGUCUGAACAAAUAUCCAGGGCCCACUCUUGCUUCCUUCACAGAUUGGUGGAGGUUCUACGAUGUGUAUAAGCGUCGCCCGGAAGUCACCCAUCAAAAGCUACAUGCAAAGCAUGGAGAUAUUGUCCGCCUUGGACCCAAUACCCUUUCUUUCGCAGACCCAAAAGCUUUGAAAACUAUCUAUGGAUUGAACAAAGGUUUUGUAAAGUCCGCAUUCUACCCGGUUCAGCAAUCUGUAUCCAAUGGCCAUGCACUCCCAUCACUCUUUAGCACUACCUCCGAGCCCUUCCAUGCCCAACUCCGACGUUCAGUCAAUGCUGCAUUUAGCAUGUCAUCUCUUGUACAAUACGAGCCACUUGUCACUCGUACGACCGAAAUCUUCCUCUCUCGUACUGCCGAUCUCUUUACUUCACCCACCAGCCAUUCUUCCUGCGAUUUUGCAAAAUGGUUGCAGUUUUACGCGUUCGAUGUCAUUGGCGAAAUGACGUACUCAAAGCGUCAUGGCUUUCUUGAAGAAAACCGAGAUGUCGAUGGUAUAAUUUCUUACCUAGGAAAUCUCUUCGACUACGUUGCACCCAUUGGUCAAAUGCCGAUUCUCGAUAAACUCUUCCUCAAGAAUCCCCUUUACCUCCUCGCUGCCAAAUAUGGUCUUGUGGAUGCCACCUUUCCUGUCGCCAAAUUCGCAGCACAACGUGUGCGAGAACGAUAUCCAAAAACAGACGGAAAUGGAAUAUUACCUACCGUUGACGCAGAAGUCAAAACAAAUAAAUUACAACCAGAUUUAUUGUCGAAAUUCAUACAGGCAAAACACGACAGACCUGAAUUCAUGACAGAUCAACUCGUCAUGACGAUGGCAGUUUCCAUGGCAUUUGCGGGAUCGGAAACUACGGCGAUUUCUCUUAGUGCCGUGUUCUAUUAUUUAUUGAAGAAUGAACAUUGUAUGCAAAAGCUAAUGCGCGAAAUUGAUCAGAAAGCUAGGGAAGGAUAUUUUGCGGACGGAGAAACGGGUCUAGUUAGUUGGACGGAAAGUCAAGGGCUGCCCUAUCUGGAUGCUUGUAUCAAAGAAGCUUUCCGCUUACAUCCAGCACCGGGCCUACCACUCGAGAGAGUUGUACCAGAACAAGGAAUAGAGAUUGCCGGGGAGUGGGUGAAGGGUGGCACCGUUGUAGGAUGUAGUGCUUGGGUGAUUCACCAGAGAAGAGAGAUUUUUGGAGAUGAUGUAGAGAUUUUCAAGCCGGAAAGAUGGUUGAUAGGAGAAGGAUUGAAUAGGGAAUCAGAGGAGAAAAGAAUUAAGGAGAUGAAUGGAGCGAUGUUGAUGUUUGGAAUGGGCGCCAGGUCUUGUAUUGGAAGGAAUAUCAGUCUUUUGGAGAUUUACAAAUUGGUGCCGAGUUUCUUGAGGAGGUUUGAGAUCGCACUUGAACAUCCUGAGCAAGAAUGGACCUUACACAAUUCCUGGUUCGUACGUCAACUAGAUUUCCGAACAACGUUCCGCAAUCGAGAACUCGUGCAACCUUGCGCGUAG